GUCGCGCUUUCUGUGAUCGUAUCGCCUCCUUGGCGAACGUUGCGGCAUCCAGGCGGAAGACCAGCGGGAGCUUUUCAGCCCGAGCACCUUCGCCGAUCUCCGCAGCGAAGCCACGAGCAGAGAUUCGACAGCUUCUACAUCACAAGAGGAGCGCGAUGUGCCUUUGCGUUUGUGGGCGGCUUCCGGGACUCGCCCGCGGCCUUGCAUUGGCGGAUUGCGCCAUCGAUUCUGGUCCUGAGGAUCAGCUUCUCCUCCGCGGCAGAUGUGCAGGAGCUGACAAGCGCUUGGUUGGCACUCGAGGAGCUCGCAAUGGUGCGCCAGGAAGCAGGCGAAGCGUGGCGGAACCACGUGCCUCCUCGUGCGGUGACGAGGUAG